AUGGCUUGCAGAGAAGCCCAGCCCCCCUUGAGUGAUCGGGGGGACGAGCCAGCCGAUCUCUCAGACGACGAUGGCUCAGAGAGCUCCCAGUCAGCCUCAGUCGACCAGAACAGCAACACCCACAAACUCAACGGACUGCCCAACUCAUCCUCCUCAGCAGCCCCACAGACAGCAAAGUCAAUCGAACACGUCAACAUCGAGGACAUCAAGGAAAUCCAGCUCGACACCUCCUCACUCAACCCGCUCAGCCCCCAGGUCAUCUCAAAACAAGCCACCAUCAACAUCGGCACCAUCGGUCACGUCGCUCAUGGUAAAUCCACCGUCGUCAAGGCUAUCUCGGGCGUCCACACGGUCCGGUUCAAGAACGAAUUGGAGAGGAACAUCACCAUCAAGCUGGGCUAUGCUAAUGCCAAGAUCUACAAGUGCGAAGAAGCUUCCUGCGCUCGGCCCGGCUGUUAUCGAAGCUACGGGAGCGACAAGGAAGACCGUCCAAUGUGCGAUGUCCCUGGUUGCCACGGCCGGAUGAAACUGAUAAGACACGUCUCAUUUGUCGAUUGUCCCGGACACGAUAUUUUGAUGGCUACCAUGUUAUCAGGCGCGGCAGUCAUGGACGCUGCCUUACUGUUAAUUGCCGGCAACGAGCCCUGUCCACAGCCCCAAACAUCCGAACAUCUGGCAGCCAUUGAGAUCAUGAAGUUGAAGCAUAUCAUCGUCUUACAGAACAAGGUCGACCUGAUCACCGAGGCUGCCGCUAGCGAACAAUACAAGUCGAUCUUGUCAUUUGUCAAAGGUACCGUUGCCGACUCUGCACCCGUCGUCCCGAUUUCAGCUCAACUACGGUACAACAUCGACUCUGUCAACGAGUACAUCGUCAAGAAGAUUCCCGUGCCCAUGCGAGAUUUCAGUGCUGAUCCCAGAUUGACAGUCAUCCGAUCAUUUGAUGUCAACAAGCCUGGAGCCGAAGUCGAUGAACUGAAGGGUGGCGUUGCCGGUGGAAGUCUGUUACAGGGUGUCUUGCGGAUGGGACAAGAAGUCGAAGUCCGUCCUGGUGUCGUUACUAAAGAUUCUGAAGGCAAGAUCCACUGCAAACCUAUCCGGAGCAAGAUCGUCACUCUGUUGGCUGAGAAGAACGAGCUACUGUUUGCCGUUCCUGGAGGGCUGAUCGGAGUCGGAACAAAGAUCGAUCCUCAGCUGUGUCGGGCUGAUCGUCUCGUCGGUCAAGUCUUGGGUGCCGUCGGAAAACUGCCGAAGAUCUUUACGGAGAUCGAGAUCAAUUACUUCUUAUUACGGCGAUUAUUGGGAGUGAAGACGGAUGACAAGAAGCAGACGAAAGUGAGCAAGUUGACGAAGGGAGAGAUCCUGAUGGUGAACAUCGGCUCGACGUCGACGGGUGGACGGGUCAUGUCGGUGAAGGCCGACCUGGCUAAAGUCUUGUUGAACCAACCUGCUUGCACUGAAGUCGGCGAGAAGGUCGCGCUCAGUCGUAGGAUCGAACAGCAUUGGAGGUUGAUCGGUUGGGGUAGCGUCCGAAGAGGCGCCGAAUACGAAAUCCAUUCCUAA